GAGAGAGAGAGAGAGAGAGAGAGAGAGAGUUAGUUGUAAUGCGCGGUGCAUUCUUCUGUGGAGGGCGAAGCGAGCAGCCAUCCGCAGGGCAGCAAGAAUUGCUCGAAAUAUCUACAAUCUCUAAACCCACAUCGCACACUGAUACGGAAAUCGGAAUUUGCAUGCAAAAAGAAACUCGUGGCGUUUUUGACCCGGUUGUAAGUCCCCAACCUUUCGUCCAAACUGCCUUUCGGGUGGAAGUUGCGCUGCCUGGAGCCACCGGGGAGUCUGGUCCCUCCGCAGCCCUGUGAGGGUUGAUUUGUCCCCUGCUGAGAGCGCAGCCUUUCAUCGGCCCGGAGGUAUCCACAGAGCAGGAGUUGCAUUUUGGAGGAAUAUCGAUACAAUGGUGGGAAGGUGAGCUGACCUGUCCUGUUGUGUCCGUCUGUCCGGCUUUCAGAGCUCCAUGUUGAGAGGAAACUGAGAAACACAACAUGUCUGCUGCUAACGUCAGCCCGCUGAUCCUCACCCUCCUCCUCCUCCUCUUACCCUCGGGUUCGAAUCAACAGGUGCCCUCUAACUGUGUGAUCAAGAGGGAGCAGGAGAAAUGCAUGGAAAUGAUCGCCUCGGACGAUCCUGGGAAUGAUCCAGAAUUUGGCUGUCCGUGGAUGUGGGACAACUUGACGUGCUGGCAGCCUGCCAGGAUUGGUGAGGUGGUCGAAGUCAACUGUCCCGAACUCUUCUCUCAGUUCAUGAAUGAAGAAGACGAGCUGGGGAAGGUGAGUCGUAACUGCACCGAGUUCGGCUGGACAGAGACCUUUCCUUAUUACAUCGAAGCCUGCAUGUAUGAGGAAAGGAACAGCAGCCAUCUGGACAUGUACUAUGUGUCAGUGAAGGCUCUGUACACCGUGGGCUACAGCACCUCUUUGGUCUCCCUCACCAUGGCCAUGGCCAUCCUGUGCAGGUUCAGGAAGCUGCACUGCACCAGGAACUUCAUCCACAUGAACCUAUUUGUGUCGUUCAUGUUGAGAGCUAUUUCCGUCUUCAUCAAAGAUGGCGUACUGUACGCCAAAGAGGACAGCGAGCACUGCUUCAUCUACACCCUGGAGUGUCGAGCAGUGAUGAUAUUCUUCCACUACUGCGUCCUCUCUAACUACUUCUGGCUCUUCAUCGAGGGUCUAUAUCUCUUCACUUUGCUGGUGGAGACCUUCUUCCCUGAAAAGAGAUACUUCUACUGGUACAUCAUCAUUGGUUGGGGAACCCCCACAGUGUGUGUGACCAUCUGGGCGGUGCUGAAGCUGCACUUUGAUGAUAGUGGGUGUUGGGACGUGAAUGACAACGCCGCCAUCUGGUGGGUGAUCAAGGGACCUGUGCUCGCUUCCAUUAUGAUCAACUUUGUGCUCUUCAUCGGCAUCAUCGUCAUCCUUGUCCAGAAGUUACAGUCCCCAGAUAUCGGUGGAAACGAAUCCAGUAUUUACCUGAGGUUGGCCCGCUCCACUCUGCUACUGAUUCCUCUGUUUGGGAUCCACUACACUGUGUUUGCCUUCUCCCCUGAGAACGUCAGCAAGAGAGAGCGUCUGGUGUUUGAGCUCGGCCUCGGAUCCUUCCAGGGCUUUGUCGUGGCCGUCCUCUACUGCUUCCUGAAUGGAGAGUAUAUCCCUCAAGGUGCAAUCGGAGAUCAAGAGGAAAUGGCGCAGCUGGACGGUGAACAGGUACUUUGCUGUGGAUCUGAAGCACCGGCAUCCUUCGCUGGCGAGCAGUGGUGUGAACGGGGGCACGCAGCUGUCCAUCCUCAGCAAGAGCAGCUCGCAGAUCCGCAUGUCCAGCCUGCAGGCCGAGACCCCGGCCACCUGAGCGACACCGGCGCCUCUUCCGGACCUGACGCUACCAGACCCGCCACACCCACCGUCGUCCCGAUGACCAGCCUCGCCAACCCGUUCCUCAACCCGUACCCCAACCCAUACCCGGACGAAACCAUGAUGGAAACCCAACUUAACUCCAGUGACCCAGAACAGCCUCCAGUCUGACCCGCCCCACCCGCUGAAACAUGACCGAACCCGAAUGUCAGGUGCCAAAUGAUGAAUCUCGUCAUGUCCCGACCUCUGACCCAGUUCAGGGUGGAACACAUACUCGGUCCACCUGUUCCUGAGCAGCCUCUCAGCUUCAAAGGGCACGGUUAGGAACUCUAGUGUAUAUCUGGUGUCUUGUCAGGCCGCAGAAGAAGCAUGGUUAUCUCUCUGUAUAUACUGUAUAUACUGUUUAUCUGGUGCUGCAGUUAUCUGCUGCUGUACAGCACAGGGGGCCAGUUAAUUACUGCAACCCUCUCACGGUGAUCAUUCCAGUCUGUCUGAGGAAGCUUUUACAUUUGUCCUCAAGUGUCAGAAUUUCCUCAAAAUGUGUUUUAGACUGUAACUACGCACUGGAUUCCUCUUUAGAUACAGACAUGAAAUGAAGAGGCCUAGCUUCAGACACUGGGCAAUGUAAAUACCUUAAAAGGGCACUCCAACUGAUUUUGCACAUGGAGAUUAGUUUGCUUGUCACGUUGAGUAUUCAUUAGGCUGUGAUGUAAAAAAUAACCCCAGUGAUGUCACAGUGAUGUCAUCAAGGUGAUUUUAGCUUGGGCUUGGAAACCACACAUUCUAAACUAAAAAACUGUGUUACAAACUGAGGGCAUUGUGUUUGAAAGACGUGGGUAUUUACCAGGCAAGCAGGGUCUUUGGAAAAGAUACAGUUUGCUGCAUUAUGGGAAAUGUAGUGUCCAGUGUCGGUGGAGCUCGCCCCAAACCCAGGACUAAAACUCAUAAUAUCUCAGCCUCUGAAUCUGAUCGCCCUGAUGUACAGUAAAUACCUUAGAUGAGUAGUUUUGUUAAAUACGUUGACGACAAUUUAAAGAAUGAUAGUUCACACUUACAUCGGUGUUGGAAAUUGAACUUUUCACCAUCAAAUCAUUGUUAUUGAUAGUGCUACGGGUCAGCUGAUACAUUAUGGACCCCCAAGUCAGACCCAAACUCAUUCAGAAAGCUCAGUAUUAUUUCCCACUACUGGCACAAGCAAUUGUUUCCUGUGUGAACUGUGACUGAUAUAUAAAACAAUGGGUGUUGAAGACAACUAGACAGUGGAAUGUCGAGAAGAAAUUUCUAGAUCUUGAGAUCUAACAGGUGGAACUUGGAAAAGCAGUGUUUAGGAGAUGGACAUAUUUUCUACAUUUAUGUGAAAUGCCAAAAAAAAAGAAAGGAAAAAAAACAAAACAUACCAGGGUUAGAUGAUGACUCAGAGGGUCUUCGGAUGUGUGCACAGUGCUGCAGUUUGCUGACUACGACCACAAACACAAACCUCUCUUUUGAAUCUCAGCACUGGGAAGUAGACGCCUUUGGAGAUCAGUGCGUUUCAAUCAGCCGUUAAUACAAAAAAUGUCAAUGAAAAUGAACUCGCGACUAAAGCGUCGCGAGUUCAGUUGUUUGCAUGAAGUUGCAUUUAUUGCCCAUGUGGUUUUGUUUACUUCUUUUGGUGAGAAUUCAGUGUUUAAUCGGUUGUUUAUUUCCUUUUUCUUCAUGAACUUUCAGUGUCUAUCGGGCUGUUGUGGAGGCCACGCGCUGCAAUACUGAUUCUCUUUGUCACUUUGUAAAGCGGAGUCUCUUCAGCAGCCUCCUGCAGGAAGUUUCAACGUCGUACUGGUUGAAGUUAAGGUGUAGACCAUCGGAAACAUCACAGCACUUCACUGUUUUUGGAAAGAAAUUAUCCUUUGAAAACAAAGGUUGGCAUUUUGAUUAAUGAGG